GCCAUUAAUUAAAGAAGAAGAAAAGUGCCAUACUGUCUGUACUGACCGGUACUGACACUGUCUAUGGUAUUUCCACCACGGGAUCGGCAUCUUUGGUGUUCCGUAAUGUUUGUAUUCUGUUGUUGGGGCAGUGGUUCAGGUGCAGCAUCAUUUGGUAGAUGUACCUGAUGAAGGCCCUGAGCUAAAACUUGGUGUCGACAUAAAUCAGGUUCUUCCAGUUGGUUACCCUUUACACAGAGAGAAACUGGGAGCAUUUCUUCUCCCGCUGAUGACAGCACUCUCUCUGCGAUCAUGCUUCCCCGGGUGGGUAAAGAGUUUAUGCUCCGAAUAAGUUUCAAUUGGCGGCCGCUUUUCCAGGGACGGGCCCUGCUGCUCACAAACACCCUGAGUGGAGGAGUAUUAUUGGCGGUGGGAGAUAUCUUGCAGCAGACCCGGGAGAACUUGAGGAAACCAGACAGAGUUCGGGACUGGAAGAGGACAGGGCAAAUGUUUACGGUGGGCUGCUCCAUGGCUCCAAUGCUGCAAUACUGGUACAUCUGGCUGGACAAAGUGUUCGUCGGCAAAGCUCUGAAAACAGUUGGCAAGAAGGUUCUGGUGGACCAGCUGGUUGCCUCACCGUUUUUGGGGAUGUGGUAUUUUUUAGGUAUGGGUCUCAUGGAGGGACACACUUUAUCCGAAGGAUGGAAGGAGUUCAAAGACAAGUUCUUGGAGUUUUAUAAGGCAGACUGCUGUGUUUGGCCUCCCGCUCAGAUGAUCAACUUCUACUUCAUCUCGCCCAAAUUCCGAGUUUUGUACAUCAACUUUGUCACCGUAGGAUGGGACACCUACCUGUCCUACCUAAAACACAGAGAUGACAGCCACCCCUCUGAGCAGGAAUCAGACCGCAGUGCUGUGGAUGUAGGCCUACAGCAGGAAGCACUCCCACCGUCCAAACCGCUGGAGGCCAAAGCUUAGAGACUGAGUUCCUGCUCAACUGUGAAGUCGUUCGUCGGAGGCUAAAUUACUUUUUGCCUUUUUUGUUUUUAUCUGUUCAAACGUUCUGUUAUAACCGAGUGCUCUUUCCUCCGACAAACCGUUCCUCUCUGAGUUUAGAAUGACCACAUAUUUCUGUCUGAACUCGGAGGACUUGAAGUGGAGUUUAAGUGGAAGUGCUGGAACGUUUCCCUUCAUGUUUGUAGUUUUAAUGUGUCGCUGUACAGUUUGUUUAUUUAUCUAAAUGAUGUGCACUCCUGUAGGAACAUUCAGGGAUAAAAAGCGGUUUCACUGCCUGUCAGGCUAAUACCUCUGAUGGUUUUGUUUUUUAUCACAUCCUAGGCAAGAGUUCAACUGCUGCCAUUAACACAAUCUGCAGCAAGGCACAACUUCCAGUUGUUGGGAAGGUUUGAAGUGUGAAACUUACAUUGACCACGUUUACAUGCACAUAAUAUUGCAUGUAUAAUAUUGCAAGAUCAUUUGUUUUCUGAAAUAUUCCGAAAAAGAUGAUAUUCCAACCAAGCUGUUUACAUGGCUAAUGAAAGUGAAGAUUCACGUUUACAUGUAGCCGUGCAAAAUACGAUAAAAAAAAAAACAACAACAAAGUUUUCCUGCUAGUGGCGGACUUGUUGGACCGUGCCAACGAAGCCUCCCUCUUUUAUUAAUUCAACAGCUUCUCUUUUUUUUUUUAAGUACCUUACAUUUUAGAUUAGGUGUUGGUCAUUCUCAACACCUUUCUAUCCCCUGCUUUCUAUCAGCCAACCUGGAUAUGCUGUUUACAUGAUCUGUAUCAAAUUCAGAAUGAUAGUGGAAUAUUGGUGCAUCUAAAUGUACUCAUUGUUGUUGCGGCACUUAAAGAUUUAAACUGUACACCAGCCAACAGAAGGACAUUCCUUUUUAUUUCUGUGUUUUUUUUUAAUGUUUCUGGUACAGUAUGACAAGAAAUCAAUUAAAUAAUGACAAGAAUCAUUAUUGAUGUGAAAUAGUUGCCAUGUUUUUGGCUCUAUUAUGUUGACCUGUAUAAACUUUGCCUUAGUAUGUAGACCAGUGCUACGCUCUAUUUUCAUGCCAAAUAACUUAUGCCUUUAAAGGAAUCAAUGACAAAAUAAUUGCAUGAUUGUGAUUAUCUGCUGAAAGAAAAUCUAUAACAGAAUUAUUAUUUUCUUUUAUGUUUAUCAUAUCAAACUGAAUCCUAAACUGUAUGUGUAAACCUGAUUCAGGAUAAACCAGUGACUGUUAAUGUGACUUAAUAUACUGUACUGUAUAUCUCCAGCUGCUAUGAAAAAAGUAAUUUUAAUUUUUGCAGGUCAGGUGAUCAGUUUGUUAUAAGAAGAAAAAUCUGCAUAAAUGGAGUCAAUGUGGAAGUGAAAAUCUGUAAAUCAAUAUAGACUGACUAUAUUUUUCAAUUGUUGUAGAAUUUCAUCUUUGGUGUUGCUACUGUGUUUAUAUAACAGAUUUACUAUCAAUUUGAUCACCCAAUUAUCUCCACAUAAAUGUAUAAUUAGCAUACUAGUGUGUGUUAAGAACUUUAAAAACAAGCAUACAUCAUUUAGGCCUGUAAAGAACUCUGAAUGCUGCUCAAUCACAUCAGUUUUAUUUUUGAAUGACAUUACGUACCUUGUAUCCUAAUCAUACACUUUACUGGAUGAAAACCGAUAAUUUUCAAUUUUACCCAGAAUAAUAAAGUUUGGUCAAGCAGAUAA